AAAUACUAUCAGAGAGUGACCCCAUCCUGUUGCUGUGGAUAUGCAUUCCAGAAGCAUCUCCAUGUAGAAUUUCUCUUAAAAUAAUUAUCCAAUCUUUACCUUAAAAGCUUCCUUCAAUAUGUUGGCUUCUUGAAAGAAAGAUGGAAAAUGAAGAAGCACAAGCUCAGGUGGAUAUCUGGAAGUAUGUGUUGGGCUUUACUGAAAUGGCAGUUGUCCAGUGUGCCAUCGAGCUUGGAAUAGCCGAUGUCCUCGAAAGCCAAGAUGGCCGCCCCAUGACACUCGCGGAGUUGUCUUCCACCCUCAGUUGCUCGCCAUCGAUUCUCUAUCGCAUUAUGAGGUUUUUGAUCCGCCGCAAAAUCUUCAAGGAAAUUAGCAUCGACCAAGAAUCAACUGGUUAUGUUCAAUCACCCCUUUCGCGUCUUCUUAUGAGAAAAGGAGACAACAGUAUGGCUGCUUUUGUGCUGCUAGAGAGCAGCCCGGUGAUGCUUGCGCCAUGGCACGGCUUAAGUGCUCGUGCAUUAGCAAAUGGGGCUUCGGCAUUUACGGCUGCUCAUGGCGAGGAUGUGUGGCGCUAUGCAGCGGAAAAUCCUGCGCAUAGCAAGCUGAUUGACGAUGCAAUGGCUUGCCACGCAAGAGUGGCAAUGUCAGCAAUCAUUGAGAAUUAUGUAGAUGUGUUCAAGGGAAUUGGGAGUUUGGUGGAUGUUGGAGGUGGAGAUGGGACGAGUCUUGGAAUUUUGGUCAACAAGUGUCCUUGGAUUCGUGGGAUUAAUUUUGAUCUCCCUCAUGUGGUAUCUACUGCUCAAAAUUGGGAUGGUGUCGAGCAUAUUGGCGGCGACAUGUUUAAGAAAAUUCCAAAGGCUGAUGCUGCUUUUCUCAUGUGGGUAUUGCAUGAUUGGGGAGAUGACGAGUGCAUCAACAUUCUAAAGAAGUGCAAAGAAGCAAUUCCGCGAGACACGGGGAAAGUGAUCAUUGCAGAGGCUGUGAUUAAUGAAAAAGAAGAGAAUAGGUAUAAAGAUGUAAGUUUGGCACUCGAUAUGGUGAUGAUGGCUCAUACCGACAAAGGAAAAGAGAGGACUUGGAAAGAAUGGGCGAAUGUUCUAACUGCUGCUGGCUUCUAUAGGUACACCGUUAAACAUAUCCAAGCCGUUCAAUCUAUAAUCGAGGCUUAUCCUUGACCUUUGGCCAUUUUAGACUGUAAUAUGAAUGAAUAAUUGAGUCAUCGAAGAUGUGUGUGUUUUCGGGGCCAAAUUAAUAAAAGUAUUGCUUGUGAAGUAUGUAUUCGUGUAUAAGUUGAAAUUGAUAUCCAAAAGAACAAUUGUAAUGCCUUCUUUA